AUAUAUCAUGCUCACAAAACAACUUCUAAUUUCAAUAACAAUUAUUAUCCUUUAUACCUAAAAGGUUAAUAAAUAUAGGGUAAAUAUAACUUGUAGACUUACGAUUUUUUAUUAUUAAAUUAAUUUUAUUAUAAAAAAAUAAAAUAUGAGUAGCUAGUUUUUUCAACCUACUUGGUACACAUACCGCUUCCACUUUGCCCCCUAAAAGCCCAAUAAAAUCUUUCUCCCGGGAAAAUGAUUUGACCAUAUGUUGAAUAUGUACAUAAUCAACUCAACUCCCUGUCCCGUUCAUUCGUGAAGUGCACCAAGAAGAUGAUCAAAACAUGAGUAGAAACGCGUUCUUCAUCAGUAAGUUGACACUAUGUUGAUUUUCACAAGAUUUAGACUACUUAUCUUGAUAUUAUAUGUACUAUUUGUUUCUACAUUUCAACAAUAUCAAGUGGUGCCAUUGAGUUCCUACACUGAGCGUGUUUCUUUACUCCAACUAAGAUCUUCACUAGGGAUAAGAAAUAAACAAUGGCCUUUAAAAUCUGAGCCUUGUGCUAAUUGGGUUGGUGUAAAAUGCUUGAAUGGUAGUGUUGUGGGGAUUAAUAUUUCUGGGUUUAGGAGAACAAGAAUUGGUAGUCAAAACCCACAUUUCUCGGUUGAUUCUAUUGCCAAUUUUACUUCUUUAGGGUAUUUUAAUGCUUCUAGAUUUUCGCUUCCUGGGUCGAUUCCGGACUGGUUUGGUAUGAGGUUGAGUGCACUCCAAGUUCUUGAUCUUAGCGGCUGUUCGAUUGUUGGUGUUAUUCCUGAUACUAUUGGAAAUAUGACUAGUUUGUCGGUUUUGAAUCUAUCUGAUAAUGGACUUACUGGUGUUGUUCCGGAGAGUUUGAGUCAGUUGUCGAAUUUGUCUCUUCUUGAUCUGUCAAGGAAUUCUCUUGUUGGUUCUUUUCCGGCUUCUUUUGGGUCUUUGAGAAAUCUUACUUUGCUUGACAUGUCAAUGAAUAACUUGUCUGGGUUCAUUCCUCCUUAUCUUGGGACUCUAACCAAGUUGCAGAUACUGAAUCUCUCUCAUAAUGGUAUCACUUCCUUGGUACCCCCUCAACUUGGUGAUCUUUCUAGUUUGGUUGCUCUUGAUCUGAGCUUCAAUUCUUUUUCUGGUUCUCUUGGCCUGGAUUUGAGAGUUUUAACGAAUCUGCGUAAAAUGGUUAUUGGGAACAAUCGGCUAAGUGGGUCUUUGCCGAGUAACUUGUUUUCUGAACUUACUCAGUUGCAACUUAUAGUUCUGAGUUACAAUGAUUUCAGUGGGGAGUUUCCUGAUAUAUUGUGGUCAAUGCCUAGUGUCCGUUUUCUUGAUGCCUCUGGAAAUAAGUUCACUGGGAUAUUUCCCAAUAGUAGUUCGGCUGUUACUGCCAGUCCUGCAGUAUUUAACCUCUCACAGAAUAUGUUUUAUGGAGAUCUCCCAUAUGUUGUCAGGAGGUUCAGGGUUAUAGACCUGUCGAACAAUUAUUUUAAAGGGAAAGUUUCGGAAUAUGCUCGCAAUAAUGCAGUGCUAAAUAGAAAUUGCUUUCGAGGUGAGUCGAGUCAGAGGUCUGUGGCAGCAUGUGCAUCAUUUUAUUACAAGAGAGGCCUGCCAUUUCAUUAUUUUGGACUGCCUGUGAAGCAACCUCCUCCACUUAAAUCUGACGAAAUGAGCCAGAGGGACAUAAUCAUAUUCCUAGGAGUAUUGGGGGGUGUAGGGUUAACUGCUAUUGUGAUAAUUUUGCUAAUAUUCCUGAUAUUAUGCACUCGUAAGAGUCAAACAACAAACCAAAGAGCCACUGGUGUUGGACCUGUAGCUACUUCAGAUGCAAUCCCAGCAAUACCUGGAGAAUACUUGAAAUUUUCCAGCUUAGGGAAAGGAUUUACAUAUCAGCAGAUUCUCCAAGCCACUAGAGAGUUCAGUGAUUUAAACCUAAUCAAACAUGGGCAUUCUGGAGACCUGUUUCUAGGUGCACUGGAAGGUGGUGUGCACAUAGUCAUAAAAAAAAAAUUGAGUCCUGUGAAGGAAGCUUACUUGCCAGAGUUGGAUUUUUACAGCAAAGUUUCCCAUCCCAGAUUUGUCUCUCUCCUUGGACAUUGCUUGGAUGAUGAGAGCGAAGGGUUUCUGAUUUACAAAUAUAUGCUGAAUGGAGACCUUGCAAGUAAUCUGUACAGAACUAAGAGUUCAGAUGGCGACAGUUUACAGUCAUUGGACUGGAUAACGAGAUUAAAAAUAGCGACAGGAGUCGCAGAGGCUCUAUGUUAUCUCCAUCAUGAAUGUACUCCUCCUUUUGUUCACAGAAAUGUUCAAGCCAGCAGUAUCCUUCUUGAUGAUAAAUUUGAAGUGCGGUUGGGAAGCCUGAGCGAGGUUUGUGCUCAAGAAGGGGAUAUGCAUCAAAGCAGGAUUACCAGAUUUCUGCAGUUACCACAGACAUCUAAACAAGGCUCUUCUUCAGGUACACCUACGACAACUUGUGCAUAUGAUGUCUAUUGCUUCGGAAAGGUUUUACUUGAGCUGGUGACAGGUAAUAUGGGACUGAGUGCUUCCAGUGAGGGAAACAUGAAGGAAUUGUUAGAAGAGACUCUACGUUACAUCAGUAUAUAUGAUAAAGAACUUUUGACAAAUAUCAUAGACCCGUCUCUAAUAAUUGAUGAGGAUUUACUUGAGGAAGUUUGGGCUAUGGCUAUUGUUGCCAGGUCCUGUCUAAAUCCAAGGCCUGCAAAGAGGCCCCUUGCGAGAUACAUCCUUAAAGCUUUGGAAAAUCCUUUGAAAGUAGUUAGAGACGAGAGCCCUAGUUCAGCAGGGCAUAAGACUGUUUCUUCUAGAGUGUCCUGGAGUGCUGGUCUCUUUGGCAACUGGCGUAGCUCAUCUGAUGUACCUUCAGUCCCUCUUAACAAAGCAGGUGGGAACAGUUUUAAGAGCUCGGUAACCCAAAGUUCUCAGGUAAGUGUUCAGAGUUCUAGGGUAGAUCAUUUAUCCUCAAGCAAAGGACACCAAUCUAGAGACAUAUUUCCUGAACCACUUGAGGAAGACACGGUGAGGCCACAUGGGGACUAGAUUAAAAGCUAAUAGUUCUUAAUUCUUUGUGAUAAAGAUAUUGCUAGUUGAACAGUUUGCAUGCACAUACUAUAAAGUCUGGGUCGGAAUCCAUUUUUCAUAGUCACUUGAGAUGUCCGAAUGCUCAGACGAUCGUCUCAGAGUAACUGGUACUUAAGUUUGGUGUAUAAAUACCCAGAGAUUUCCUGUCUGAUCUGGUUAAGAUGGAGCUAGUGGAGUGGAAAGUGGUGGUUACUUUUCUAGUUGCUGGUCUCAUAUUAAAUUGCAGUAAAUUGUAAUUGCUGUAAUUUUUGCCUGGUAUACAGAGAAAGAUAACAAUGGAAGUCUUUUUUUUUU